AUAUUCCAAUGCUGCUGGCCCCCGGCUCUCGCCUGUCAAACACUUCAUUGUUCGCGGCUGAUGUCACUAGCAGUUGUGAGCGACGCCUCUCCCAGGGACAAUGUGGGACUGAGAAGUCCGGCCACCCCGCAGGACAGACCCCAAAGAGCCGUCCUCCUCCAGCCAGUUGCCCACACCAGUUGCCCGCUAGGCGGGGUGAAUGCAUCCCCACAGCGCAGCCUCGCCAGACGGAAUGAGCGGCUCCGAUAAUGGGCUGGAUGAGCCAGAGCUCAGCAUCACCCUCACCCUGCGCAUGCUCAUGCACGGCAAGGAGGUGGGCAGCAUCAUUGGAAAGAAAGGGGAGACGGUGAAGAGGAUCCGGGAGCAGAGCAGCGCCCGCAUCACCAUCUCUGAGGGCUCCUGCCCUGAGCGCAUCACGACCAUAACGGGAUCCACGGGGGCCGUCUUCCAUGCCGUCUCCAUGAUCGCUUUCAAGCUGGAUGAGGACCUAUGCACAGGGCCCCCAAAUGGUGGGAGUGUCUCCAAGCCCCCUGUCACCCUGCGCCUGGUCAUCCCAGCCAGUCAGUGUGGCUCCCUCAUCGGGAAAGCUGGAGCCAAGAUCAAGGAGAUCCGGGAGAGCACAGGGGCCCAGGUGCAGGUGGCUGGAGACCUGCUCCCCAACUCGACAGAGCGCGCAGUCACCGUCUCCGGGGUGCCUGAUGCCAUCAUCCUCUGUGUGCGCCAAAUCUGUGCAGUCAUCUUAGAGUCUCCCCCGAAAGGAGCUACCAUUCCCUACCACCCCAGCCUCUCCCUCGGCACCGUCCUUCUCUCCACCAAUCAGGUCAGCAAGCUGCAGCAGCUCUCUGGGCCUCCAGGCCCCUUCACCUCUCCCACCGUGGUGCCAGGGUUGGACCCCGGUGCUCAGACCAGUUCCCAGGAGUUCCUGGUUCCUAAUGAUCUGAUCGGCUGUGUGAUCGGACGCCAGGGGAGCAAGAUCAGUGAGAUCCGGCAGAUGUCCGGUGCUCACAUCAAGAUCGGGAACCAGACAGAGGGCUCAGGGGAGCGCCACGUCACUAUCACCGGCUCCCCAGUCAGCAUCGCCUUGGCCCAGUACCUCAUCACUGCCUGUCUAGAGACGGCCAAGUCUACCUCGGCAGGGACACCGGGCUCCGGGCCCUCGGACCUCCCCACUCCCUUCUCCCCACCCCUGGCCCCAUCGCCAGCCCUGACAGCUCUGCCCGCUGCUCCCCCGGGCCUGCUGGGCACACCCUAUGCCAUCUCCCUCUCCAACUUCAUCGGCCUCAAGCCCAUGCCCUUCCUAACACUGCCUCCCUCCUCUCCUGGCCCACCCGCCGGUCUUGCUGCCUACACUGCCAAGAUGGCUGCUGCCAACGGCAACAAGAAGGCCGAUCGGCAAAAGUUCUCCCCCUACUGAGGCCAGAGAGAGGCGGGGGCUUUGGGGGUGGGGGAAAGAGAACCAUUACCUCCCCAAGGCCCAGCCAGACCCACCCCCCCCCCCCCAACCAGGGAGGGGAACAGGGAGCCCCCAGACCCACGGGGGGCUGGCUCCAACCCGUGGGCCCCACCCACUCAGGGGAUGGACCCUAACUUAGGUUGAGCAGUUUGAAGAGUGGGCACAGGACCCCCCCCCACUAGGGUCUUGGGACAGGUAGCACCUCAAUUCUGCUAGCAUGGAUACUCUCCCCGCCAGCAAGCUCUGUGGGAAAAGGGAGGGGAACCUUACUAUCAUGGGGCCACAAAGGAGAGGAGGGGUUGGGAUGGAGCUGGGUAAAGUAGAAGCCCAGCCUCAUCAGGUUCUGUUGUUUCUGACUGCCCCACAACCUCCAUCCAUCAAAGUCCACAACACAGGGACAAAGGGACAGAGAAAAUAUCAGCUGAUUCCUUAACCCAGGGCCAAGCAUAGGGGUGGCAGAUGAGUCUAUUUGGUCUGCGCCUCAGCUGCCCUUUACAGAAAAUGGGGACAUGAGUCCCUCCCCACAUCAUUCCCUGCCUGAGUCGGUGCCUACGGAAGGGGGUACCAAAGGAGUGCGCUGAGAGGGAGAGAGACCCAGCAGAGAAACCACUCCAGCAAGUAGAACAUCCCUGCCCAUUGCCCCCAUCCAGGCAGGCUUGGUACCCUUUCUGUAGACCCAACCAGCUUCCCAAGCCUUCACCCAAGGUCCUCCUCUGCCUCUGCCCACACAUUCCCUAGCUGAGCUGCUCUACUUGUGAAAUUGGGAGCAGCUGGGAACAGGGAGACCCACCCCCACCAGUGCUUUUCCGCUCCAGUCCCCCUGCCCCUCCACGGUCAGAGAGUGAAGCUGAGGCUCAGAGAGGCCCGGGACCCAAACUCUCCCUCCCCGCUGCUGGUUCCCUGCCGCUUGGCUGACACACCUACACUGGAUCCAUUUGGCUCUGCCCCAAGGGAAGGCUGCUAGAAUCCAAGGUCCACCAGGCUGGUGGGCCCUGCCGGGUACACGGAGGAGGGGCAUUCUCAACAGCCAAGACUCUGUACAGUUUUUUCAAUCCACUUUUUAAAUAAAUAUUCUCAGCGA